AUGACGGUUGUGGAGUUAACAGAAGAAGUUAAUGGUUUGAAGGAUCAGAUGAAAGAAUUGGUAGAUGCUUUAGCAAAACAACGUGUUGAUGAAAAUCAGAAUAGGGAGGUUCAGGAAGGAGUUGUUAGGGAAAAUCGUAAAGAUGAUAUUUCUACAUUAACAACAUCUUUAUCUACAGCUCUAACCACAUCUUUAUCUACAACUUUAACUACAUCGUUGGCACUUGCACUAGCUACUGCUCUGAAAGACGAUGUGGCUGAUGCUUUUAAUACACGAAAACCUGAAGAUGAUGGUCAACACCGACGUACUAAUAAUGGCCAUAAUAAUAAUGGUGGUGGUGGUGCUGAUCAGUAUUUCAGUUUACAUACCAUAAAUCCAAUUUUCAAAGUUCCAAUAGCUACUGCUCAUCUCAAGGGUGAAGCCAAUUCAUGGUACCGUUGGACUAAACAAUCCCUUCCUACAUCAACUUGGGAGGAAUUUUGUGUGUUAUUGCGUAGUCGAUUUGCAGAUCACAAAUUUAUCAACCCUCAUAUAGCUUUAACAAAUCUAUCUCAAACAGGUCAUCUAUGUAUCAAGUCAAGAUUAUUACUCUUAGAUGCUUCUCCAGAAAGUGAUUCUACAACUAAAGAUUUUGAUGAAGAAGUUAUACCUAUCACUUAUGCAGAAACCAAUGAUACAAACUCGCAAGAUGUUUCGAUUUCUUAUAGUUCUCUAAUGGGUUCCACUUAUCCAAGGACAAUGCACAUCUCAGGCCAUUCAAAGGCUCAGCCUCAUACCAUCUUGAUUGAUUUAGGGGCUACUCAUAAUUUUCUUCACCCCAAUCUUGCUAGGCAGUGUGGAUAUUCAAUUGCAUCCCAGAAUUCAGCACUAAAGGUGACAGUCGGUGAUGGUGCUCAACUGCAAACAAAGGGUUCUUGUUUCAACAUACCUAUUAAGCUACAAAAUUAUACUUUUUCAGUUGAUUUUCAUCUUUUGGACAUCAGUGGUUGUGAUGCAGUUUUAGGUAUUCAAUGGUUGCAUACUUUGGGUCCAAUAAUUUGGGAUUUCAACAAGCUAUCCAUGAAGUUCAAGUUUCUUAAUGAUGAUAUUGUCUUAUAUGGAGACAAUUCUUCUUCAGUUUUGAUCAUGGAUGCAUGUCCCAUGCAGCGUUUAUUGCACAAAGAAAAUUGCGGGAUUUUUAUGCAGUUAUCAUCCUUAAAUAAUAGUGUCUCUCAUGCACAAGACUUACCACCUGAAAUUCUCAAGUUACUCUCGGAUUACGCUGAUCUUUUCAAGAUCCCAGCUACUCUUCCUCAUACACGUAUACAUGACCAUCGUAUUCCUUUGUUACCUGGUUCUACCCCUGUGAAUCUCCAGUCCAUACUCAUCUCCUAUCUUAAUGGUCAGAAAAAGGAUGGUUCGGGGAGAAUGUGUGUGGAUUAUCGUGCUUUAAAAAAGAUAAAUAUCAAAUAUCGUUUUCCAAUUCCUAUGGUAGAUGAAUUAUUGGAUGAGUUACAUGAUAAAGAGAUAUUUUCUAAGUUGGAUUUCCGUUAUGGUUAUCAUCAGCUAAGAGUACAUAAACCAGAUAUUCCAAAGACAACAUUUCGCACUCAUGAUGGCCACUAUGAGUUUCUUGUUAUGCCUUUUGGGUUAUCCAAUGCACCAGCAACUUUUCAGAGCUUCAUGAAUCGUAUUUUCAGGCCAUACUUGCGAAAAUUUGUGCUUGUUUUCUUUGACGACAUUUUAAUCUAUAGUAAAACUCUUGCUCAUCAUGUCAAGCAUUUAUCUAUAGUAUUUGAGCUUUUACGACUGCAUAAGCUCUUUAUCAAGGAAUCCAAGUGUGCCUUUGCGCAAAAAUCUAUUGGAUAUCUUGGUCAUAUCAUCUCUUCUGAAGGUGUAUCAGUAUAG